AUGAUCGGUGGUGGUUGCUCAGGCGCAUUUGGGGGUGCCUGCCAGCUGUUUGGCGCUAAUGGCCUGUCACCCGAGAACCAACAGAAAGUAACCCAGCUUCUCUUCGAUGAGAACAUGGGUGCUUUGAGUCUGGUGAGAAACGACAUUGGCUCUUCGCCUGGAACCACUAUUUUGCCUAAGUGUCCAGCAACGCCCGCUGGCCCGUUCGAAUACGUUUGGGAUGGCAGUGAUAAUUGCCAGCUGAAUCUCACCCGGACGGCCCUGGAGUAUAACCCGGAGCUGUUUGUUUACGCCGAUGCAUGGUCUGCACCCGGGUGUAUGAAGACAGUUGGAACCGAGAAUGAUGGCGGGUUUAUCUGCGGUGUGCGCGGAACAGACUGCGCUCAUGACUGGCGUCAGGCCUAUGCCGAUUAUCUGGUGCAAUAUGUCAAGUACUACAAGGAAGAGGGAAUCGAUGUCUCUAUGCUGGGAGCAUGGAAUGAGCCGGACUUUAAUCCGUUUACAUACGAAAGUAUGCUGUCGGAUGGAUCCAGGGCGAAGGAUUUCCUGGAGGUGCUCUAUCCGACUGCUAAAAAGGCAUUUCCGAACGUGGAUAUCAGCUGCUGUGAUGCCACCGGCGCGCGACAGGAGAGGAAUAUUUUGUACGAGCUGGAGAAAGCUGGCGGUAGUGACUUCUUUGAUAUCGCUGGCUCUGGACCGUGGAACACGACUUGGGAUUACUCCGGCCAACUUGCCGAGGGCCUUCAAUGGGCGCUAUACAUGCACAACGCUUUCGUCAACAGCGACACCUCUGGCUACACCCACUGGGAGUGCGCCCAACAAGACGGUGGAGAUAACGCACUUGUUGCCCUCCAGGGCGAUACAUACGUCGUUUCCUCUCGACUCUGGGCAUUUGCAUCCUUCUUCCGGUUUGCUCGGCCUGGCUCUAUUCGAGUUGGGGCCACCAGCACCGUGGAGAAUGUGUACGUGAGUGCGUAUGUCAACAAGAACGGUACCGUGGCCAUCCCGGUGAUCAAUGCAGCCCAUUACCCAUAUGAUGUGACUCUCAAUCUUGAGGGAGUGCAUGCGAAGAAGGCAAGCGCGUAUCUGACGGACAAUGAGCACAAUGUCACCCUGGUUGAUCAGUUCACGCUUCACGGUUCAACUUUCAAGGUUACUGUUGAGCCGAGGGCAGUGAAGACGUUUUGGCUAGAGUGA